CGGCAGGCUUGAUAAAAGCGCACGGUUUCUCGGAACAACCUUUAGUUCACGUUUGAGUUGCAGGUCGGGACGUGCAAGGAUGAAAUUCAUAGCCGUAGUCGCGUGCGCCGCCGUUGUGCUAAGCGUUGCGGUAACCGCAACGCCGGUAGGUGAAAAUAGUGCCAGUUCAGAGGAAGUGAAAGAUCAAGUGCGAGUGGAAAGAUCUGCACCGGCAGUAGUUUUAGAGAAUAAGCUGCAAGCUCAGGAAGAUGUUAGUGCCGAUGAAUCAGAAUACGAUAGUGAAGAGAAAGUGAGAUCCAAACGAUCGGUUUAUUGUUCCCAUGUGUUAAAUUCCUACGGUGAGGUUGAGCUUGUUUGUGGUGAUGACCUAGAAGCGGCUGCUAGUGACACCCAUCAAGUGCAGGUCAAACCGGAAGCACAUUCGAAGGAGGAUCAAGCACCAGCAGCUCACAGUGAAACUGCUCAUGUUCCACACGCGACAGAAGAUCAUUCCUCCCACGAUUCUCACGAAAAGGGCGAAAAGCAACCUCAUGACUUACACAGCCACGAAUCUCACGCACACAGCAAGGAAAGUCACGGUCCUACUACACGAAAGAGUAGUGCAAGUUACAGUGGCCACAGCAGUUCACAUGGAGGCUAUACGCACUCGUCCGCUGCGCAUUCAUACCCCGCUAAAGGUGCUGCUCACAGUACUCAUAGCACCCACAGCACAUCUCAUGGUACUCAUAGUUAUGCUAAGCCUAGCCAUUCCGCACCAAGUCAUCAUGCGGCACCAAGUUAUCAUGCCACACCAAGUCAUCAUGCUGCGCCUAGUCACGCUUCUCAUGGAUAUAGCAAAGGCUCCACUCAUGGCCAUGCAACACACAGCACAGCAAGUCAUAGUGCUUACGGUAAAGGACAUGCUCCAGCGAAGACGCACGCAGGAUACCGAAGCUAUCAAGAACCGCAUCACGCACCAGCUCCUGCCUACGGUGGCCACUCUAACCAUGUAUCAUGCGGCAGCAAUCUUCUGGUAGGAUGCGCUCCACUAGUUUCGACAGUGCCGUGUGCACCGUCGCAUGCGCCGGCUCCCGCGUAUCAUGCUCCGAAAGCACCAGAAUAUCACGCUCCGAAGGCCCCGGAAUACCAUGCUCCAAAGGCGCCAGAAUACCAUGCUCCAAAGGUCCCGGAAUACCACGCUCCAAAGGCGCCGGAAUAUCAUGCUCCGAAGGCCCCGGAAUACCACGCUCCAAAACCUAUGGAAUACCAUGCUCCAAAGGCACCAGAAUACCACGCUCAGAAAGCGCCAGAAUACCACGCUCCAAAGGCUCCAGUGUAUCAUGCAACGGAAUACAAACCAGCAUAUGCCGCACCACACAAGCCAGCUGAAAAGGCUCCCUGCACUCCAUACCACAAAUUCAUUAAAUCGUGCUAUUAGAUCGCGCCUUGGAACAAGCGUUCAGCGAAACAAGCAAAUAAAGCUGCUACAAGAUUCGCUAAAAUAAAGAGAAGAA